CACCCCUCAUCCUGGGGUCUCAAUUUUCCUGGUCUCCGACCCUUACCCCUCGGGCGGCCGCGGGCGCGCUCCGGGCGGGCUGGCUCACGGUGCCCGCGGGCAGCGCACGUCAGGGGACAGAGACACCCGUGAUCGCCGAGAGAUCCCGGCAUAAAUAGGGGAUGCGGGGUCAUCGCCGGCCGAUCGCAGCCGGACACGGCUCCGCAGCGCCAUGGCCGUGGCUCCCGCCCGGGCGGAGGGGCGAGCAGGCGCGGUUGCGGCGCUGGCGCUGCUGUGGCUGCUGCUUUGCGCUCCGGGUGACGGCGGCUGUCACCCCCUGACCGUGGCUGACCUCUUCGACCGGGUGAUCCGGCACUCGGGCAGAAUCCACAGCCUCUCCACGGCGCUCUACGCCGAGCUGGAAAAACACUUUCCUCCCCGUGACAACGAGCUGGGAAGGCCCGCUCGGAAGUGCCACACGUCGGGGAUGCUGACUCCCAAUGGCAAAGAAUAUGCCCAAAAAAUCCCGAGAGAAGAACUAACUCACCUGAUACUGAAACUUUUGCAAGCCUGGAAAGAACCACUUUCCCACUUUAACCAGCAUAUUGAGCACCAUCAAGAGCUACCUGAUGACAGCCUUAGCAAAGCUAAGCAAAUCAGCAAUAUGGUACAUGAGCUGAAGACCGGAGUCGAGAAAGUAACAGAAAAGAUGCAGUCAAUGGGGAUAAUCAGCAAUUCAUUAAAUGGAAUGGCAUCAUCUGAAGGCACUGGUUUAUCAAUUAGUAAUGAAGCAAACACGAUGAGUGACUCUGACUUCAUUCACUGUUUUAGGAGAGAUUCCAAUAAAGUACAAAGCUACUUAAAAAUUCUCAAAUGUAGGAUUAUGCCAGAAAAUAGUUGCUAAUUUUUAAUCUCUCGACAAAUAGUCUUCAGCAUGUUCCUUAUAAAGAUUUAAAAAAUAGAACUUCUAAAUUACCAUUUCACAGUAAUUUUAAUAGGAAAAUGUUUUUGAAAUCCUUUGGAAGAUGACACAGUUAACAAAUGCAGAUGAAAUACUGAAUAAAACCUCAUGUGUGUAUGUUGGUUAAUGCACUAAUGAAAAGGAGUGCUCUAGCAUAUAGAUAAAUAAAUGUUCUUGCAUGUUACACUGUGGCAGACUAUACUAUGGCUGAUUCACAGAGUUUAGAUCUAUACACAGAAUCACAGAAUGGCACGGCUUGGGUUGAAGGGACUUCAAUGGUCAUUGAGUUCCAACCCCCACUCUGCCAUUGGCAGGGAUGCCAUCCACUAGAUCAGGUUGGUGAGGGCCCCAUCCAAGCUGGCCUUGAACACUUCCAGGGAUGAGCCAUCCACAACUUCGCUGGGCAAUGUAUUCCAGUGCCUCACCAUGCCCUUGAGUAAACAACUUCUUCCUGACAUCUAAUCUAAAUCUCUCCUAUUUUAGUUUAAAACCAUUCCCCCUUAUCCUAUCACUCUUUAUCCAUGCACAAAGCUGCUCUCCCUCUUCUUUUUGAGCAAUCUUUAAGUCAUGUAAGGCUGAAUGAGAUUUCCCUGGUGCCUUCUCUUCUACAGGCUAAACAAUCCCAGCUUUCUCAGACUGACUUUGUGAGGGUCUUAUGGGCCCACUUCUUAAGCUUGUCCAGGUUCCCCUGGAUGACACCCCCUCCUGUUCAGCUUCAUAUCUGCAAACUUGAUGGGGACGCACUCCAUGCCACUCUCUGUGUCGUUGAGGAAGAUACUGAAGAGCACCAGUCCUAAGAGAACUUUGAGGGACACUAGCCCUCCACCUGGACAUAAGAGCCACUCCUCAGAAUUCCCUGGCUGCAUCCAACCAGCCAAUUCCCUAACCUUCAAACAGUCUAACCUUU